CCUCCGAUUUGUUUGAGAAACUCUGGAAAUUUGGUUCAUACUUAUACUGUGUGUGGGCUGGUAACGUGAGCAGUUCUCGCGCCCAAGGCUGGUGGUUCUGCUUGCCCUCGAAUCUUUCUGUUUUAUUUACCCCAGGCUCAGUCGCGCAUCAUCAGCCCGCCCACGCAGCACACCGGCCGGUUCCCAACUGUCGCCGCUUAUUAUUGUUUGAAGCCUGCUGCUUGCUGCUGCGCCUCGCCAACGGGUUUCGGUCAGGCCGCCCUCUGCCAUCGGUCUCUGUCACAACGAACGCACACCCCGACACCAACAUAUUCCAUUCAUACCAUACAGCAGCAGAGGAUAACCCCGCCACGUUCUCAAUUCUACCGCCGGAUUCCCCAUCAUGGCCGACUUUGUCGAGCUGGGCGCCGAAGCGGUCAACCAUCUCACCGACAAGCAUUUCGACAAAGGAUAUGAUGUCUAUCGGAAAUACGUCAACGGCGAAAAGAUCGAAAGCGUUGUCACGCCGUACGACCGCGAAAGGGAGAGAAAGCGUCGAGACUCCGAGACCGCCGCCCGAUCUAACCACAAAGACCCGGAAAAGCGCAGCUCACCACCACGCGCAUCAUCGCAAGCGGGAGGAAGCAGCCGGGAAGUGAGGUCAUCUGCCGCCACGGGUGCUGCUGCUGCUGCUGCUCCACCACCGCCGCCUGCAACAAGUGGCGGCUUGCCCGAGUCUCACCACCACACUGCCCCCUCCAUCACCAACAUUGCGGCACAGUCGACAUCUUCGCGCCGAAAACAACGCAACCAACUCCCCAGCCCCGAACGCGAUACUUUCCAAUCUACUGCUAUUCCUAUCGCCGCUGUUGGAGCCGCCGCCGCCGCCGCCGGUGCAUAUACAUAUAACAACAACAGCAACAACCCCACCCGACGCGACCGCGGAUUCGAACGUGAAAGCAGCAUCUCCGACCAAGUGCUACGAGAAUACGAACGCGAAGUCGACGACCCGACCCGUCGCGCCGAGAAAGUCCUCUCGCCCAGCCAACUGAACAAGAUCCCUCGCUCAUCGACGACGACGAACAAAUCCAUCGGAGGGAGCUACCGUCGCGACAGCGCCAUGACUUCCCGUUACGCUGACGACUACCGCGAGGCCGGCUCACAAUACGCCGGCAGCCAACGACCCCGCUCACAACCUCCCCGCAGCCGUUAUGACGACGACGGCGAUAGCGACUACGAUGAGAAAUCCGGUCGUCGUUCUCGCGGCACCGGCCGUGGGUAUGACGACCGCGACUACGACCGCGUGAUUGAGGAGACGGAACGUUAUCGGGGUCCGGUAGGUGCAGGACCACUUGUGGUGCGUGUUCGCCUCCAACUUCUUUCCCUCUUUCGUUACUUCGCGCAUCAUCAUCGAAUAACAUUCCCGUUCCGUCACACCAUUUCGCUAACUUCACCCACCCAUACAGCCCUUCGCCCGCCGCGAAAGCGAAAGCCGCUACGACGACGACCGCACCUACACCAAAGGCGCGCCCACCACCACCGUCACCCAAUACCGCGACGGCGGCGGCAACGACCGCGACCGCGACACCUACCUCACCCGCCGCACCUCCCGGCGGGGCCGCGACUCGGACUACGACAGCCGCAGCCGCUCUCGCUCGCGCAGCAACCAAGGGGGCCCGCGCUGGAAGGAGAAACUCGAGGACACCUUCGACACGUCGGCGCAAGGGCUGGGCGUGGGCCUCGCCGGCGCGGUCAUCGGCGGCCUGGCGGGGCGCGAGUUCGGCGGCAAGAACGGCGGCAAGAACGCCCAGCGCGACAUGGCGAUCGGCGCCCUCAUCGGCGGCCUCGGCGCCAACAUCGCCACCAACCAGUACCGCGAGUGGAGGGAGAAGAAGGAGGACGAGAAAUACGAGAGGGGCAGCGGCCAUCGCGAGGAGCGGUGGGAGGUCGGCCGGAGUCGGAGCAACGUGAGGUGAGGACGAUGUGCAUCGAGCGAGGAUCUCGCGGUUCGGGGAAUAUUUGGAUGAUGAUGAUUGUGAUGAUGAUCUCGAGAUGAGAUCGGGGAAUGUAAACUUUUUUUUCAAAACCCUUUGCAAUGAUGGAUGAUGAAUGAUGAUGAUGAUGAUAUAUACAACUUCCCCUGCUCUUUUCUCUCUUUCUUUCUCUCUUUCUUUUCUUCUUUUUUUGCUUCUGGAAACUACGGAUCCCUUCACCGUCUCUCAUCCUUGUCCCUGUCUGAGGUGGAAUAGCAUACUACUGAGAAACCGACGAGAGCGGAGGAGGCAGGAAGGGGGCUCCAACGACAC